AAAGGUCGUUGGGCAGGUUGGCCAGCCAUGUGUGGAGGUGUGUGCCGGAGAGAAGGGGGAGACAACAACUUGUCUGGCAGCAUUCAAUGCAGAAGGCAUAUACAGCCGAACCAUGAUUAUUUUUAAGGGGAAGCGUGUUCGUUCUGAGUGGCUACAGGGGUGCCCGGAGAACACCAGCGUAAGGUGUUCAGACAAUGGCUGGAUUACCUCUGACCUCUUUCUGGAGUGGGGUCAAAUGUUCAUUCAGUCCCUCCCUAAGGAUGACCCCAGGCCCCACCUUCUCCUCCUUGACGGCCACAGUAGCCAUGUCUAUAACAUGGAGUUUAUUAAGCUACUGAAGAGCAAGAAUGUGCACAUAAUGUGCUACCCUGCCCACACAACCCAUGCGCUGCAACCGGCAGACAAGGCCCUCUUUAAGAGUUUGAAGCACCACUGGGACCAGGAAGGCAGGAAGUGGACGAGGAUGAUGGCGGGGCAGAAGCUGUCAAGGAUGGAAUUUUUUACGGUGUUCAGCAGGGCUUGGGCAAAGGCUGCCACUGUUGAAAAUGCCCAGGCAGGGUUCCGGGGGACAGGGAUGUUCCCACUCAAUAAAGACAUCCUCCCUGAGACUGCUUUUGCCCCCAGCAAGACCACCGAAAGAGUGCUACCAUCCACUCUACCAUCCUCACCCACAAGGCCGCAGUCUCUCCCAACCCCGCCCACUGGACCAUGGUCGCCCCUGCUGACCUUGACCCACUCUGCCCGCCAGCCAUCAGCUCUGCUCUCUGGACAUCAGUCCUCCCAUCCACCAGCCAGACCUCAGUCGCCUGCCGAUCCGCCAGCCAGACUUCAGUCCUCUGCUUCCCUGACACCCCUGCUACCUGUGGAACCACUGUACUUUUUUCCAGAUGAGAAGGUGGUGUUUGAAGAGGUUGUGUUGGAGGAAGUACCGGAGGAAGAUAAUGAUAUCUUCAACCAGUUCACACCACAGGAAGAAACACACUCCCCGGAUGAGGGACCUUCCACCUCCACAUCUGUGACAUUCACUGACUUGAUCACAGUGCCACAAAGGGAGAGAGCCAUCAGAAAACGUAUGAAGCCACCCUCAUAUAAUCUUUCAAGUGAGGAACACAUUGACUAUAUCACAAAAAAAACAUCCAGCAAGAAACCAGCUAAGCAAGCCAGCAAGUGCCCGCUCAGCAAGCAACCAAAAGGAAAGCAGGAAAAGAAAAGCAAGUCACCUUGCAAAGUUUGCAACACCCACUAUGGUGACCCAGAGGAUCCUAAGGCUACUGAGGAAUGGGUAAAAUGUGACCCUUGUUCUGCCUGGUUUCACGAAACCUGUGGCGAAGAGAAUGGGAUCUGUGCUGACGAUGGGUUCAUUUGCAAAGACUGUCUUUGAAACACCUUUUCAUCACAUACACACACUAAUGAUAUCAAUGUUUUAAUGUUUAAUAUAUCAGUUACCAGUUUUGUAUGAAUUUUUGUAGUUUGCGCAUUUCGUUCAAAAUGUGUUCUUCACACACACACACACACACACACACACACUGAUCUGUCACUGAUCUAUUCACUGAUCUGUGCUGUUCCAAAAAAUUUUAAUUGCACAUUUGAAAAUGUGAGUUUGUACCCACAAUGUGUUUUUAAUGGCACA